AUGACGAGGAGUUGUUGGGUUGUGGACCUGAGUGCCCUGGAGGCAGAUGCCUCUCAGAGUCAAACCACACUGGAGUCCCAACUGGAGGCCCUGCAGUGCCACUUCACCUGGGAUCUGGAGACCAGCGAGUCCCUACUUUUACGUCGCAGGGUAAACCUGGAGGACAUCGGCACCGAGGAGGGGAACAGCUGGCUGGGUCACAUUUACAACCUGCGGGGGUUCGUUCAGUACAAGCUGGGGUUCACCAAAGACGCCCAGAGUUUCUUCAACAAGGCUGCAGAGGCCUUCAGCAAGAUAAGAAACGCAGAUGAGGGUCCCUGGUUGGUGGUGAACUACGGGAACCUGGCGUGGCUGCACCACCACCUGGGAGACCAAGCAGAGAGUCAGGCUUACCUGUCAAAGGUCAACGCCCUGAUGAAUAAAUACCCAUCUCCAUCCCAGGAUGAGCUCCAUCCAGAGAUCUACGCUGAGAAAGCCUGGACCCUGAUGAAGUUCAGCAGAGAACAAAAGAAAGAUGCUGCAGAUUACUUCCAGAGAGCCAUCAGGAUGCAGCCGGACAUGGUGGAGUGGAACACCAGCUACGUCUUAGCCCUAAUGUAUGCUUCUAAUCACAGCGAGACAGUGGUGGAGGCUGACCUUCUGGAGAAAAUGAGACUCGCCAACGAACAGGAUCCAGAGAACUUGAACCUCGCUGUUUACUACUUAAACCAACGUGCUAAGAGAGGAGAAGAAAUCGAAGAAGAAGCAUUUGAGUUAGCCAAAAAGAUGUUGAAAAAUCCCCUCAGCAGCUACAGUGGUAUUAGACCAUUACUAAAGAUUUACAGUUGCUAUCUAUCUAUUGAUGAGGCCAUUACAUUUGUAGAGGAGGCUCUGAGAACCCAUCCAGAUGAGCGUUAUCUGAAGAAAUGUGCUGCACAUUGCUACAAAUGGAAGAUCAUUUAUUUCAGGGACAGUCGCCCAGAGAAAAGCGUGAUAGACAGAGCAAUCAGUCUCCAUGAAGAAGUGAUUGCUCUCUACCCUCAUUCUUCAUUUCUGAAGAAAAUAGACCUUGCAAAUAUGUAUAAACAGUUUAAUUACAACCAGGAUAAAUCUGAGCAGAUAUACCAGGAACUGCUAGAAAGUGAUCUGGAACCUGUAGACAAGCAGUUGCUCUACAACUACUACGCAAAAUAUUUAUACUAUAAUCAACAAGACAGCGAAGGGUCACUACGAUAUCACAUGAAGGUGGCAAAGAUACCGCUAAAAAGUAACUAUCGGGAGAACAGUAUCACAAUCCUGAAGAGGUUUAGAGACAGAGGCAGGAGCCACAUGUGUAGAGAAAUAGAGGAGUUUCUGACAAACCUGCAAGAGCCAUUAUAGUGUUUUUAAAAGCACUGGUUCUUAAUCCAGAAAUUGAUUACACAUCAGGAAAACCUGUUUCCUUCUGUUGGUCGGCUGGUCCAGAAGCAGAAACAUCUUAUUCAGAAGCGAGGGUGCCUAUUG